GCACUCCCGCCGCUUCUCCCUCCGCGCUGCACCGCGCAGACAACCGCUCUGGGAGCCUGCAGCCGGGGCCCUGGCGUGCAGAGAGGGCCUCGGCGGGGCCCAGCGGUCGGGCCCGGGAGGAUGCGGCCCGGGGCGGCCCGAGAGUUGAGCAGGGUCCCCGCGCCAGCCCCGAGCGGUCCGGGCCACCAGAGCCGCAGCCACCGCCCCGCCCCCGGGAGACAUGACUUCCAAGCCGCAUUCCGACUGGAUUCCCUACAGUGUCCUAGAUGAUGAGGGCAGCAACCUGAGGCAGCAGAAGCUCGACAGGCAGCGGGCCCUGUUGGAGCAGAAGCAGAAGAAGAAGCGCCAAGAGCCCCUGAUGGUACAGGCCAAUGCAGAUGGGCGGCCCCGGAGCAGGCGUGCCCGGCAGUCAGAGGAGCAAGCCCCCCUGGUGGAGUCCUACCUCAGCAGCAGUGGCAGCACCAGCUACCAAGUUCAGGAGGCCGACUCGCUUGCCAGUGUACAGCUGGGAGCCACCCGCCCACCAGCACCAGCCUCAGCCAAGAAAACCAAGGGAGCAGCUGCGUCUGGGGGCCAGGGUGGGGCCCCGAGGAAGGAGAAGAAGGGAAAGCAUAAAGGCACCAGCGGGCCAGCAACUCUGGCAGAAGACAAGUCUGAGGCUCAAGGCCCAGUGCAGAUCCUGACUGUGGGACAGUCAGACCACGACAAGGAUGCGGGGGAGACAGCAGCCGGUGGGGGCGCACAGCCCAGCGGGCAGGACCUCCGUGCCACGAUGCAGAGGAAGGGCAUCUCCAGCAGCAUGAGCUUUGAUGAGGAAGAGGAUGAGGAUGAAAACAGCUCUAGCUCCUCCCAGCUAAACAGCAACACCCGCCCUAGCUCUGCCACUAGCAGAAAGUCCAUCAGGGAGGCAGCUUCAGCCCCCAGCCCAGCAGCCCCAGAGCCACCAGUGGAUAUUGAGGUCCAGGAUCUAGAGGAGUUUGCGCUGAGGCCAGCCCCACAAGGGAUCACCAUCAAAUGCCGAAUCACUCGGGACAAGAAGGGCAUGGACCGGGGCAUGUACCCCACCUACUUUCUGCACCUAGAUCGUGAGGAUGGCAAGAAGGUGUUCCUCCUGGCAGGCAGAAAGAGAAAGAAGAGUAAAACUUCCAAUUACCUCAUCUCUGUGGACCCAACAGACUUGUCUCGGGGAGGCGAUAGCUAUAUCGGGAAAUUGCGGUCCAACCUAAUGGGCACCAAGUUCACCGUUUAUGACAAUGGUGUCAACCCUCAGAAGGCAUCAUCUUCUACGCUGGAAAGUGGAACCUUGCGCCAGGAGCUGGCAGCAGUGUGCUAUGAGACAAAUGUCCUAGGCUUCAAGGGACCUCGGAAGAUGAGUGUGAUCGUCCCAGGCAUGAACAUGGUUCAUGAGAGAGUCUGUAUCCGCCCCCGCAAUGAACACGAGACCCUGUUAGCACGCUGGCAGAACAAGAACACGGAGAGCAUCAUUGAGCUGCAGAACAAGACGCCAGUCUGGAAUGAUGACACACAGUCCUAUGUACUUAAUUUCCACGGGCGCGUCACACAGGCUUCUGUGAAGAACUUCCAGAUCAUCCAUGGCAAUGACCCGGACUACAUCGUCAUGCAGUUUGGCCGUGUAGCAGAAGAUGUGUUCACCAUGGAUUACAACUACCCACUGUGUGCACUGCAGGCCUUUGCCAUUGCUCUGUCCAGCUUUGACAGCAAGCUGGCCUGCGAGUAGAGGCCCCCACUGCCUUUAGGGUGGCCCAGUCCGGAGUGGAGCUUGCCUGCCUGCCAAGACAGCCCUGCCUACCCUCUGUUCAUAGGCCCUCAGUGGGCUUUCUGGCCUUACCGACCAGAAACUGGCUGCUCUGCCUCUGCUGCUGAAGCAGGGGAACAGCAGAUGGGUAUGACAGGAAAAGAGUAUUUCUGUGCCCCAAGGUCAACACACAUACCUAAUCCUGGGUCAGUCCCCCGCUGCAGUUGUGUUUACCACGCUGGAAAGCCUCUUCAACUGGAGGUACAGUGGGAGAGGAAGCACAAGCAGGGCUGCUGUGGCUCAGCCAUCCACUCAGCCUAUAAGUCAGAGGACAAUGGGUGUCCCAGGAGGUAGGGGUACAGUGAGUAUAUGUGUAUGUAUAGGGCACUUGAGCUUUAUGCAGCAAAGGCUCUUGUGGCCAGCAGAAAGCGCUCCCACUUCAGAAGGGCCCGUUAGGCCCAAAGAGGGUUAGGGUGGUAGGGAUAGGUGCAUGGCAGGACCCUGCUAGGAUUGCAGGGGCCUGGCUAUGUGUGUUAGCUGGUGGCUUAGAAUGCUAGCUCAUUUGUUGCUUCAGACUUGCCCAGUGCUUGCACAAGCAAGAACCCAGCUCUCAAGGCCAAAUAUCUGAGUGGAUGGGGAUCAUAGGAGUCAUCCAGGAGACUCCCUACGUCAGGGUGCUGAGCAGCCCCAGCACAACACCUGUGACACACACAUGGGAUCUAGGUCACCAUUCAAGUGAUGGUAUACUUCAGGAAGGAUGUUCUCUCUGGGAAGACUCAGCUCCCAUUGUUGCCAGCAUGCCAUGAUCAGUGAAGGCUGUAUGCCGUUCUUAGGGGAUGGAGCAGGGUGAGGGGAGCAGAGGAUAGUUUAGGGCCACAAGAGCUCAGAGGUGGUAGUACUCUGUACGGCUCACCAAAAGCGAUGCUGAUCCCUGAGUACAAGGCACUUGUCUCUUGGUUACCUAAUGGGUUAGUGGCAGAAUUGAGAACCUCGGGUUCUUUGUUCCUACUGUUGCCCAGAAACUAGACUCUCUGACCUUCUGGAGUCUAUUCUGCAUGUCCUUUCCCUCCCCAAUUCCACAGAUCAAGACCCUCAGAGUUAAUGUCUAAGGUUGAAAACCUUUCAGUAGGGAAUCAGGCAGUUCCCUGUUGAAAGUUGUCUGAGAUUUUGCACAGCAUUCUGAUGUGAUGUGGCCUGUGCUUGGCUCCUCUAUGAGGACUUCAAGCUGUAUGCAGACCUCAGCAGGACCACUGCACACUUUGUGUGUGACAGGCAGCCCGAGGGUUCUAGGGCUGGGCCUGGACAUGAUGGCACCACUAAUCUGGUGGACUUGGGAACUCCAAGCUCUUGCCCAUGUGCCAUUUGUGAGAAGCUUCUUGCCUAGAUGGAGAUGAGAACCAGUGGGAAGAAGCAAAGAACAUUUAGACAUUGCUUUUUGCUUUGAAAUAGAUAUGCCUGGGAAGGCUAAGUAGAAAUUUAAAAAGUAGAGUCAUGCUUUGAAUCUGAGGUUCUGCAGGUAAGGAGGCUGGAUUGAUGUGCUAGAAGGAGUAUUUUAAGAGGAUCUAGCUUUCCUAGGUUGGACACUCCAAGCGAGGCACACCUGCUACAGCAGGGUCUGACACACCUGAGCCAGACAUCUCCAUCAGAGAACCCUCAGUGAGGCAGCCUUUGUUUACAGUCUAGUUUCUGGAAGGCAGGAGGACUUCCAUGCUGGGGCUGGCCUAUCUCCUGAUGAAAGAUUACAGUGCCAUCUCCUUCCCAUAGUUCUGUGUCUGUCCUCCCUCCCUCCCUCCCUCCUUCCCUGACUUUAUAAGGAGAAAUAUCCUAACAUUAGAGGUGAUAGAAACCAGGUCUUUAGUCUAGUCAGGCUGUUUUUCUGGGUUGACACGUUUAAGGUUGAACAGACUGAUUUCUGGAAUCUCAUGAGUGGAAGGCACGCUGGAGGUAAGAGUGGAACUGGAAGCACAAUGGAAAACUCUUGGCCUCUGCUCUCUGCUUUACCACAUGAAAAGGGGGGUCUUGGCUAUUUGAAUAUAAAUUUGGUAGCACCAGGAAAUAGGCUGAGCUUUGUAGCCCACUGUGGAGAAGAGCAGCCUCAGCACAAAACUCUCUGUUGGGCACUGAGUGACAAGACCAGCCUCACAAAGUCAGAUCUGAAGACUCAGCUCCUGGUGACAAUGCCUUUUCUUGACCACUGGCCCUGUGAACACAGGCCCAAAGACUUCAGAUACCGGGGCCCCAGGGAUGACCUGGGUUCAGCCUCUCCCACAGUAGGAUUUCUUACCCCUCAUGCCCUCUUCCUGUUGGUCCUUGGCUGCGUAGCAAACUGAUGAGAUGAGCAGUCUAGUCUGUAAGAGUACGAGGCAGCUGGAACCUUAGGCAUCUCCUCUGUAUGCUCCUGGCUCCACACCCUAAAACUCUCCACCCUCUGCUCCAAAACAGUUCCUCUGCAGAGUGGUGAUGUUAGCUUCCCCUUCUCUUCUCUAAGUCUAGCUUUUUCUGUCCUUCUGGCUCCAAGGUGCUCUGUGUCCGUGUGUGUCCGUGUGUGUCCGUGUGUGUGUGUGUGUGUGUGCGUCCAGAGGAAAGGGCAAUCUGCAAACAACGAACAGAAGUUUAAGAUCACAUCAGAGUAGGAAAAGAAUAAGGGGGCAGUGGUGACCACCGUGGAUGGUGCCCCUUCAGUCCAUGCUCUUUCUCCCAUGGUUCUGAGCAGGUGACUGUCAAGGAAGUGUAGCGUCAGUUCACUGGAGGAGGAGCCGAGAUGUGCAUUCUUUUAAAUAAACAUGGUGUAGUGAUGGUGCCUUAACAAUCUUGACAGUAAGGUGAAGCAAGCAAGUGAGGUGCAUGCCAAUGGAAGACAGGCGUUGGAGGCCAAGGUGUGUGGUAACAGACUGGAAGAGAACUUUUGGUCCUACCGUCUUCAGUGACAAGGCAACAAUACUGUAGAGUGGAUUUGUUCAUUUUUUUCUUUCUCCUUUCUGGAAAUGGCAGGUCUGUUUGCCUCAAAACAUGUAGAAGUGGUUCUAAGUUUAACAAGCAAUAGAGAUGACUACUUAGGGUCUGCUGGGAGCUCUGCUCUGCAAGCACAACACCCAUCUCACAGAUGGGCAGCCUGGCUUCCCUCAUCAGUAGUCCUCUUCCCCUUCUCUGUAGUCCUUGCCCCAGAUACGAUAUCCUCAUGGGAUUUCAGGAUGCCAGGUGCCAUCAAAGUAUGCUUUCUUGUGGUGCCUAGCACUGUGACUGGGGCCCAACUGCCCUGCUGAGUUGGGACCUUAUACUGCCCUAGGCCCUGGCUUGUAGACCUGCUCUAGUCUUCAGAACAGGCUAUGGGAUAGAUUUUUAUUUCAGUUUAUGACCACCUGCCCUAAUUCACUUCCAGCUUGCAAUCUUCUGUCAUUUUAAAAUCUUAAGAAGUACUGGGAUGGGUUUGAGUUUUCAGCACAGAGACAAGUGGAUCGAGGAGCAUACAACUGUACUGAGCAGCUAGAACAUUUGAGCAAACUAUGUAAUCUCUGUGUGUGUUUCCUUCCCUGUAAGAUACAGGCCUGCAGAGCUUGCUGUAGGGGUUAGGGUAAGUGAAAGUUAGUCCUGGCUCUCAUCACUACCUUUCCUAGCUCAUCACUGUGCCUUCUUUCUUUCCUGAGAAAGACACUGCACCCCUCUCCUCUGUUCUCCUGCCCCUCCUCCCCCACUGAGGUCCAGGUAGUGUGGGAGAUGAAGCUGAAAUGUAGUGUUCUAUAGAGCAUCUCAGAGUAGCAUAGAAGGAAAAGCCCAGCUCCAGCCUCCUGGACCCCAUACUGAUGACUGGCUUGGUGAGGACAGGCAACACUUCUUUAGCUGAGAGCACACUUAGCCAGUUUUCACGCCUAGAACAUGUAUGUCGAUUUGCACAUGAUUGUCUUUUCCUAUUUUGGAGUGGUCAGACAUUUUAUUUUUGUUCAAAAUUAUCUGGAGUUUUAGACAAACUUGCAAAACUGUGCUUUUAUUAAGUGACUUUUUGAAUAAACUUUUUGGUAUUCUGAAGCAAA